AUGCGACGGACGUACUCCCUACUUGCGCUGGCUUCCUUACUGCUAGCAGCUACAGCUCAGGAAUUAUCGUGCUCAUCGGAUAAUGCAGAUCCAUGUUCAGUGCCAUCUCCAGGUGGAUUGUUCGUUUUCAGACAGCGCUUCGAACCUGAUGUAGGAAGUGAUUUUGGUUCUUGGGGAAUAGAUGGAUUAGAAGUACUGGAUUGUACGACACAACAGACUCAAAAUACGACACCUUACGCUCCAACUUAUACCCACGAAGAAAUCGCUUCAUAUUGUCUGAAAUCGCCUUUAUUCGGAGGUGAAGAAGGAUAUAAUACCGCUGAAAGUGAAUGGGCACAAAGUGAAGUCGGCGAAGGCGUGGAAGAAACUUGGGAAAGGACUUGGAAUACAGCAGGAAGAUUCAUUUCUACAUUCGAUAAAACGUGUUUGAGUAGACCUUCAGUGGGAGCAGGGGUAGCGGAAUUCUUCAUCACCCUCAGUAAACUUCAAAAGACUUUCACAACAGCUCAAUUACUUUCAGAGGCCAACAUUACGCCGUCCGAAGAUGUCACGCAUUCAUUGAAUGAAUUGACGAGAGCGAUAUCUACAGGGGAUCAUAGACCUAUCGUGCAAUGCGAUAACGCAACACUUUCGUCUAUACUCUGGCCAAUACACGUCAGAGGUCGAUUCGACUCUGGUUCGUUUGAAGCUUCAACUUCAUUCCAAAGAGAAUCAAAUUGUCCUUUAGAAGGAAUUAUCUAUCCACCAUCUACAACAUUACCUAAACCUACUGAAUCAGCAGAUAAAGAAUGGGAACAUCUCAGAAGACCACCUCCUAGACCGAUAACGUUAUCCCACGAUGAGUCGAGAUUGUACUAUCGUCAAGAAACAGCUAGAGAAGAUCCAGUGGGUAAACUUGGAUUGAGGAAAGAACAUGAUGAAGAGAGAGAAGAAUGGAAAGAUGAAAGAGCAGGGAAACAAUACUACAGAGAUGAGUUGUAA